ACAGAGGCAGUCGUAAAGAUCUGGGAAUUCGGUUUAUUGUACUUCGGGACUCGUCGUCGGCGCCAUCGUUAUUGGAAGAUUGAAAUGAACAGAAUACGAAUACAUGUUUUGCCCUCGAGUCGUAACCGGGUGACUCAAACGGCCCGGCCUCAGGAGCCCCUGGCCUGCUCCUUCACCCAACGACCAUGUUCACAGCCUCGUCUGGAGGGCUUCGAGUUCUGUAUCAAGCACAUUCUGGAGGACAAAAACGCACCAUACAAACAAUGUAGCUAUGUCUCUGCAAAGAAUGGCAAGCGCUGUCCCAAACCUGCUCCUAAGGCAGAGAGGAAAGACGGGGUGACGUUCUGUGCUGAACAUGCUCGUCGGAAUGCGAUGGCUCUACGAGCUCAGAUGAGAAAGGCUUCCUCGGGCCCGACUCCAGAGGCUUUGUUAUCCCAGCUUAGCUGCUCCAGUCGAUCUGAGACGCACAGUCUGGACGGAGGAAACUCUGAGGCCAGCCGCAUUUUAGGUAAAACCUUUAGUGCGAAUUCAUACAAAGAUGAAGAAAGUCUGAGUGAAGAGGAGCAGAGCCCCCUGGUGUUGGACCAGACCUGGAGAGGAGAUCCAGACAGUGAGGCUGAUAGUGUCGACAGCGAUCAUGAAGAUCCACUGAAACAUGCAGGGGUUUACACAGCAGAGGAAGUGGCACUGAUCACCAGAGAAAAGCUCAUCAGGCUACAGUCACUCUAUAUUGACCAGUUUAAACGUCUUCAGCAUCUGCUUAAGGAGAAAAAGCGCAGAUAUUUGCAAAACCGUAAACUGGAGCAUGAAACUUUAGGAAGUAGUUUGUUAACAGGGCCCGAAGGUCUUUCUAUCAAGGAGAGGGAGAACCUGAAGAAACUCAAGGCUCUGCGUCGAUACCGUCGUCGAUACGGUGUAGAAGCCCUCCUGCAUCGACAGCUCAGGGAGAGGAGGCAGGCUAUGACAGAAGGAGCCUCUCAGCUCCACAUGAGAGCAGUGAGUGAAAUAUGCAUGGCCUUCAUCGAUGGAGUCCGAUGUACUAAUCCCAGCCUCCCGAUGGCCAGACACUGUCUCUCUCACAUCUGCCAGGACAGCAAUCAGGUGCUUUUUAAAAUCUGCCCGGGUCUGAAAGAUGCUCCAUGCGACCGUACUGUCCACAUGGGUCAAUCCGAUGAUCCUCGCUGUCCUCUCCACCUCACCCUGCCGCCACCCAUGUACCAGCCUGAGCAGGAACCUCCACCACCGGAGCACUUUACCCCCACCAGCAAAGAUAUGUACCUGAGUGCAGCAGAGCUUCAGCCCACUGAGAGCCUCCCCCUGGAGUUCAGCGACGACCUGGAUGUGGAAGGGGACGGGAUGCAGGGCCCUCCUUCCCCUUUGCAGUUUGACACGGCCCUCGCCUUGGAGGACCAGACCAUCAGAGCCAUUGCUGAGGCUCCAAUGGACAUCUUAACAGGAGAAGACCCAGACCAGGUGGACCUGGACACCUCGGGGCAGGAGCUUUCAGAACGAGAUGUGGAUGGCAUCAUGGAUGAUCAGGCGGUGUCGGACGUAGGUGGAGGAGAAGACGACGCUACUGACAGUUCAGUGCAAGACGUGGCCAUGGUAGCAGCUGAUGCUCCUCGAUGAACCUGCUCCACAAACUGCCUUUGUUUCUUUUAUUAGGUUAAGCAUACCGAUCAUUCGGUAAUCUAAAAUACCUUAUGGUACUUAUGUGUUUGUUUGUUUGAAAUAAAUGAUGGGUGAGGAAGGAAGCA